AUGAAAUUCAUGGCAUUAGUUUCUGGGGGUAAAGACUCUUUCUUUAAUAUACACCACUGUUUAUCACAAAGACAUGAGUUAAUUGCAUUAGCCAAUUUAUAUCCACCUAAAGCCCAAGAUAACGAUGAGAUAGACUCAUUUAUGUUUCAAACUGUAGGCCAUGAUGUCAUUGAUUACUAUAGUCAGUGUUUGGAUGUACCCUUGUAUCGUCAAGAGAUCAGUGGAAAAUCAGCUAAUCAGGAUCUCGAAUAUUCCAUAACCAUGAAUGAUGAGAUCGAAGAUCUCUAUCAAUUACUUGCCAGAGUUAAGGAAAUUCAUCCUGAAGUGCGUGGAGUGAGUUGUGGUGCAAUUUUAUCACAUUAUCAGAGAACUAGAGUGGAAAACGUAUGUGAGAGAUUAGGUUUGGUCUCCCUUACAUACCUUUGGCAAAGAGAUCAAAUGGAAUUGAUGGGUGAGAUGUGUGCCAACGGACUUGAUGCUAGAUUAAUAAAAGUUGCAGCCAUUGGUUUAAAUGAGAAACAUUUGGGGAAGUCUAUUAGUGAAAUGUACCCUAUUUUGAUCAAGUUGAAUGCUAUGUAUCAAGUUCAUAUUUGUGGAGAAGGUGGUGAGUUUGAAACCUUGGUGUUGGACUCACCUAUUUUCAAAAAAUUCAAGUUAGAGAUUAGAGAACAACAAAUAAUACAGCAUUCUAAUGAUGAUGUUUACUAUUUAAGACUUAAGUUGAAUCUAGUUCCCAAAGAGGAGUCUUCUCUUCCAACUUUAGGACGACCAAUUUUGAAUGCAUUCUCUGAGGAAGCCUUAGAACAUAUUGAUAAAGUCUCACCUAUUCAGGUUCCCAAUGUAUCAUUACUUUCUCUUGAAGUUCAAGCAGCCACCACCACCAAUUACGAACCUUGUUACAAAGUUGUAACCACCAAAAGAAGAGUGUACAUCAAUAACUUGGUCUCUUCGGCCUCUGGUGGCAUAGUGGAACAAGCAAGUGAAAUAUUCAACAAAUUAAAGACAAUACUUGAUGAGAACGGUGUCACAUUUAAUGAUAUUCAGCAUGUAAAUAUGCUUCUCAAAGACAUGUCUGAAUUUGGACAAAUAAACAAGACUUAUCACACUCGAUUUGCUGGGUUAUUCCUUCCACCAUCCAGAAUUUGCAUCUCAACCACUUUGGGGUCUCAUGACUUACAAUUAUCAUGUGUUGUGCUUAAAAAUAAAGGCAGAAAGCAAGGUACUCAUAUACGUUCAAUUUCAUAUUGGGCGCCUCAUAACAUCGGACCUUAUUCUCAAGUAAGAGUGGAUGAAGUAGAAAAGUAUAAGUUGGCUACAAUAUCAGGGCAAAUUCCUUUGAUUCCCUCCCUGAUGGAAUUAGAAACCACCAGAGAUCAUUUUAGGGAGUCCAUCUUAGCAUUGCAACACUUGGAUAGUGUUAGAAAAAUAGUAGACAUCGAUGAAUGGGCUUUUAUUAUUGGGUUUAUUACGCCUGAGUUUCCUAUAGACGUUGCUCUAUCGACAAGCAAGGCAUACUUUGAAGAAUAUGAUGGAUCCUUGAUGGACAGAAUGGUGAUAGUAACUGUUCCUGCGUUACCUCGGGGUGCACGAGUAGAAUGGGGUGCGCAAGCAUUCUCUAAUAAGGUAUCCAUGUAUGAAAAUGAUGACGGCGAAGAUGAAGAAGACCCCAUUGAUUCUCAAAAAGGGGAACUCAUUAUUGGUAGUAAAGAUUGUCAAAUGAAGCUUGGAGUAUAUUUUACCAAUGAUUUUGAGCAAAUAAAGAACAUAGCAGUGGCUGGACAAUAUCAACAAGUUUUCACCCCAUAUGAAAACACAUCACAGUUCAAAGAUUUCGAUUUUGAUCUUUUACCUGUUUUUGGAGUUUAUGAUUCUAUGGGUACUCAUUACAAGUAUUGCGUUAUCCAGAAAGUCGAAUAUAAUUGA